CGGUGCCUGUUGGAUUCAUCACAGCGUGCAACGCCCCCCCUGAGCUGCCGCCUCCCUCCUCUACUCCGCCACGCCUGCGCCUUCCUCCGCUGGCCUCGGCGUCCCAGAGCGGGAUGGAGCGCGCCAUCGUCUCGGGCAUGGUGAGGCGUCCUCCAGUACGCCUCCGGCCUGCAGCGCGGUCUCUCGUGCCGAACUCGCCCUCCAGGCCCGCUGGUCGGUCCUUCAGCGGCGGCGCUUAGGUGACCCAGCCGCCCACAAUUUCCAGCUCCAUGGCUAUAAUAAAUACAUUACUUCAUGGAAGAUAUAUGCGAGCAUACCGUGAAAGGUUGCGAAUGGCCAAAAGUGGCAUCCAACUGGCCUCUCCUGAAUAAGAAAUUUUUGCUGGACCAAAAAGCUUGCCUGACAAACCCAAAAUCCGUGGGUAGUGAAGCUCCCUGGCAGAUCCCUGUUUUGUAGUGAGUGUACACAUGGGACAAGUGAAGACACCUUAUAGACAACCGAAUCGAUCAUUUUUUAUAGAGGAUUAGUUAUUGCUAAUCAGGCUCUGCUUGGAGGAUCUUGGAUGGCUCUUGUUAGGAUGCUUGGAGGAUCUUGGAUGGCUCUUGUUAGGAUGCUUGGAGGAUCUGCGAUCGCUCUUGUUAGGAAGCAUUCUAUGAUAAGUAGGUAAGCACGGCUGGCUCUACGGAGUGAACCAUCUGUAGUAAGUUUCUAACAACUCUAAACUGAAGCCAUAUGCAAUUAACCCGUCCGAAGACAAGGCUGAUUAACCAUCCGCGAUAAACCGUCAUGGAGAAGCCUUUUCCUACAUUGCAUUCACCAGCUGGAAUCUUUGCAGGCUCCAAGGAUUGAGCACUCAUCGAUCGAGCCAUGCAUGUGAACUGGUGUGUACAUUAAUUCCACACAUGAUCCAGACUGCUCCAUGUCUCAGUUCUUUAACAAUUCAAUUCCCAAAAGGUACCUCUGUCGUGCACACUUAAUUAACGAGUUAGUUGAUGCAAAGCUGGAUGGCCAGGUUUAACUAAAGACACUUCUUUAGUAUACUCUGUUGUUUAGUCGAUACUAGUAAUUAUUAUGUCCACUCUACAGAUGAGCUUUCUGGCACGCGGGCAUGGUAGGUGAGAUCUAACGCUCGCUGCUGCCUGCCGGUGGCCGGAACACGCUCGCACGCAACCUUAUAAGCUGGAGACCGGCGACGCUGUGCCUGCCAGCUGGUACUGUAGCGAGCUAGGAAGGUAGGUAGCCUUGCUUGCUCGAUCGAUCAACCAACACUAGUUGAUGCCAUGUUGCAGGUGGUGAUGCUGCUGCUGCUGACAUCAUUGGCCGGAGCAACAGUUGAACCAGAGGAGGCGAUCGGAAUGCCCAACUGCAACAUCACCUGCGGCAGCAUGAGUGUGCCUUACCCGUUCGGCAUGGGCCCUCCCGGCUGCUAUUGGACGGGCUUCAACCUCACCUGCAGCUACCCCACGGGCACUGGCAAAGGCGAAACCCCACGGCUGCUGCUCGGUGACGGCACCCUCCAAGUCGAGGAUCUUGACUUGGCGAAUUCCCUGCUGCAAGUGACAAGUACCGGCGGCGUAACAGUCGACGCUGCCGGCAAUGGCACGCUCGGCGGAGGUGUCAGGGACGGCAUGCCCUACACGCUGCUGACGGGCGUGAACGAGCUCACCCUGACAGGUUGCAAUGUGCGGGCGACGGUCAAGAGCGGCAACAUCACCAUGGCCAGCUGCUCUGCUGUCUGCGAUGCCUACAACACAACGAUGCCAGACAUACUGACACGCGACUCAUUGCCAUGCUAUGGGAAUCGCUGCUGCCAGGCGGAGAUCAUCAUCAACCACCAGGUGGUAGCCGGAGAGCUCGUCCCCAUCACGUCCUACGACGUUGAGCUCAUAUACUUGGGUUGGAACCGCAGCUCGGAUGUGGCGCGAGUCCCCACACGUGUGUUCAUCGCCAAGAAGGGGUGGUUCGAGCAGGUCUGGCUCGCUACCGAUCACCCUGAUCAGCCAAACCAAAGACCAUCGGAGGAUGUGACGUUGCCUGUGCCCAUUUGGCUGCAAUGGGAGGUCGUUGGCGACGGUGUAGAGCCAGCAGAUCGCAACAGGACAACCCUCGAGUGUCCUGAGGAAGUAGCUCGCAGAGUCUGCAAGAGCAAGCACAGUUAUUGCCGUAAGGGUACAAUAGGCUACACGUGCUCAUGUGCAGAUAAUUUCCAGGGAAAUCCUUACAUAACCGAUGGCUGCAAAGUUGUCGACAAGUGCAAGCAGAAUGGGGAUCAUCGCUGCUAUGGUGUCUGUACCGACACAGGUAACUGCACGUGCCCACCAGGAACCAAUGGGAACCCUUACCUGCCCGGUGGCUGCGCCAGUUCCGUUGCUGGGAGCUGCAGCCAUUCCUGCGGGGACGUGUUGGUGCCGUACCCAUUUGGUGUGGGCCAAGACCACCACUGCUACUGGGAAGGGUUCAACCUCACCUGCCACGACACAGGCAAUGAGCCACCGCGGCUGUUCCUUGAUAACAACAUGACCACCCAAAUUGUGGAGAUCUCCACCCGGAACAAUACAGUCCGCACCCACGGUACCAGUGUCAUCAGAAUACCAAGGCCAACGGAUGGCACCACGGGUGAUGGCAACUUAACAAUCGAUCUUACCAUCGACGGCCGCAGAGAGGUGCCCUACUCACUGUCGGCCCACAAUGAGUUCAUCCUCACGGGGUGCAACCUGAUGGCGAAACUGACCGGGGACAGUGAACCGAGCGUUGUCAGCGCUUGCGCCUCCUUCUGCUCCCCCGAGGACACCAAGAAACAGAACGAUCAGUGCAACGGCAUGGGCUGCUGUAAGGCUCCCAUCUCACUGUACAACAACAGCAUGCCUACUGGAGUGAACUACAAAUGGUUUGACAAGGGCUACGGCGACGACGAAUCGCCGUCCGACGCCUACUUGCUUCUCGCGGAGGAGGGGUGGUUUGAUCAGCGGCGGGUCUCCAGUGAGCUGCUACCAGAGAGAUGGGAAUUUGAGCUGCGGACUCCAGUUCUUCUGCAGUGGGAAGUAUUGCAUGGCUUCUCGUCGAUGGCGUCAGUUGACGCCGUCAAGUCUUCGCACCCGAAUUGUCCUCCUGAGGUGGCCAACAGCCUAUGCAAAAGCAGGCAUAGCUACUGCAAACAAGGGAGCAGAGGCGGCUAUUCUUGCCAUUGCAACAAGGGUUACGAUGCUAACCCGGAUUCCAACCCAUACAUCUCCGACGGAUGCCGAGGUCGCCGCAAGUCCUUUACUACAGGUAUAUACAUCGGUACAGGAGUUGCUAUUGGAGCUGGUCUCAUACUUUCGUUUUUCACUGCCUCCUCUGUUUUGAAAAAACUCAAACACAGAAGGGCACAAAUGUUGAAGCAAGAGUUCUUCGAGAAAAAUCGUGGGCAAUUGUUGCGACAAUUGGUAUCUCAAAGAGCUGAUAUUGCAGAAAGAAUGAUCAUAACCUUGGAAGAGAUAGAGAAGGCAACCAACAAUUUUGAUAAAGCACGUGAGCUUGGCGGUGGAGGGCACGGUACAGUUUACAAAGGGAUCUUAUCCGAUCUCCAUGUCGUAGCCAUUAAGAAACCUAAGAUGGUGGUUCAAAGGGAGAUUAACGAGUUUAUUAACGAGGUUGCCAUCCUAUCACAAAUCAACCAUAGAAAUGUGGUAAAACUCUAUGGUUGUUGCCUUGAAACAGAAGUGCCCCUAUUGGUCUAUGAGUUCAUAUCCAAUGGUACCCUUUAUGAACAUCUUCACACCGGUGUAUCAAGAUCUUUAUCAUGGAACGAUAGGCUGCGGAUAGCAGUUGAAACAGCUAAAUCUCUAGCCUAUCUUCACUCAACAGCUUCAAUACCUAUCAUUCAUAGAGAUGUGAAAUCUGUUAACAUACUUUUGGAUGACAGUUUGACAGCAAAGGUAGCCGACUUUGGAGCUUCGAGGUACGUUCCAGUGGAUCGUUCAGGGGUAACAACAAUGGUGCAAGGUACGAUAGGAUAUCUGGAUCCAAUGUACGUCUACACACAGCGGCUCACGGAGAAAAGCGAUGUUUAUAGUUUUGGCGUCAUUCUUGUUGAACUGUUGACUAGAAAGAAGCCAUUUUCAUAUGCGUCACCUGAAGGCGAUGGCCUCGUUGCACAUUUCGCAAGCUUGUUUGCAGAAGGAAAAUUGCCGGAGAUACUAGACCCACAAGCUAUGGAAGAGGGAGGCAAAGAAUUGGAAGCAGUUGCUACACUUGCACUCUCAUGUGUAAAAUUAAGGGGAGAGGAUCGGCCGGCCAUGAGGCAGGUGGAGUUGACUCUCGAAGCCGUUCGAGCAUCCAAUCAGGAUGCUUUAGCUAACCCGUUGGUUGAGGGAUGUGAGAAGAAUGUUAUUGCGGUAAAUUGUCCACGAGCUGAAGAUGGAAUAAGCACCGAAGAAUCGACCAGACAAUUCAGUAUGGAAGAAGAGCUGUUGUUAUCUUCAAGGUAUCCUCGUUAGCUCUGCUUGAGCACAAGUGAUCAACAGAGUUUAGUUUCUGAUGUUAGUUUCUUUUGCAUUCAGUUAAGAAAAAUUGUUGCUAGGAAAUGCAAGUUGUGCUGAAGUUUAGGAUACUCAUCGUGUGGCACUAACUAAUUACUGUAAUGCUGAGCGGCAAUCAUAGUCGAUAAUUUAGGCCACUCACAAACAAAAUGUGCUGUAUGUAUAAUGUCAAACAUGCAGUGUUAAAUUAGUACAGAAGAAGGAAAAUGAUGGACUGCAGAGUGCAAAUAAUUAAGGAGGAAGGGGAGAA